AUGGCAGCAGCUAUAGAUAUGUAUGAUCCAUUCAGAGAAGAGCUUAUGGAAGCACUCCAACCUUUUAUGAAGAGUGCUUCUUCUUCAAAAACUCUCUCUCCUUCUGAUAACUUUCUCUCUCCUCCUUCUCUCUCCUCUCCCACUUCUUCUUCUUCUUCCUCUUCUGGCCAUUAUUACCCUUUUGUUCAGUCAUCCUUUUCCCCUUAUUCCAGUGUUUACACCGAUUUUGCCCCCAUCCCAUCAAGAACUCAAAUCUUUUCUCAAGGGUUCUUUGAUAAUUUCACCCAAAUGGGAGGUGAGCAGAAAUUCAAUCCAAUUGGCCAAAAUCAGUUAAACCCAUCUCAGAUCUUGCAGAUCCAAGCCCAGUUACACCUCCAGCAGCAACAGCUGCAGCAAAAUUGCAACUUUGCCCCUCAGAAUCCGUAUUCGGGCUUUCUUGGCCCGAAGCCCGUUUUGAUGAAGCAACCUGGUAAUAACCCCUCAAAGCCCACAAAGCUUUACAGGGGAGUAAGACAGAGGCACUGGGGCAAAUGGGUUGCUGAGAUCAGACUGCCUAAGAACCGAACAAGGCUGUGGCUCGGAACGUUCGACACGGCCGAGGACGCAGCUUUAGCUUACGACAAAGCAGCUUAUAAGCUGAGAGGUGAUUUUGCAAGGCUCAACUUUCCUCACCUCAAGCUCAAGUUGAGUCAAGAUUCGAGCUUUAAGCCUCUGCACCCCACUGUUGAUGCAAAGCUCGAAGCCAUCUGUCUAAAUAUGGCCAAGCAACAGGGGAGUAUUGAAAAUAUAUCUAAGAAGCCCCGUUUGGGUUCUUCUGAUGAAAAGCCCGAAGUUCCGAAAGUUGAAUGUAAUUCGUCUAGCGAUUCCUUUGACCAGGCCGUGAAGGUGGAGCCCGAGGUGUCGUGUUCGGUCUCUCCUGGGCCGUCAGAUGAGGUUUCAUCGAUGGUUGGAUCUGGUUCGCCGGAGUCGGACAUCACGUUUUUGGAUUUCUCGGAGCCUUUUGAUGGGUAUGAUAAUUUGUUGUUGCAAAAGUAUCCUUCUGUUGAGAUCGAUUGGGCUGCUCUUUAA